CUUCAGUUCAACGAGUCAUUCCUUCCACAGCGUAGUUACAACAUACCAAGCGUUUCAACUUCAACAAUCCGGACCCUACUGUUUAAGCCAUGGUUUCUGCUGUCGUGUUUGCGUACCAUAAUGUGGGCGUUCGAUGUUUGUCGGUUCUCCUGGCACACGGCAUCCAAGUGAAGCUCGUUGUCACUCAUUCAGACGACCAGGAUGAAAAUAUCUGGUUUGAUAGUGUGGCCAGUUUGGCCACAUUACAUGGAAUCCCCGUCGUCUGCCCUAAAAGUCCGAACACGGAAAACCUUCUUUCGCAACUACAGCUACUCAAACCCGAUUUUAUUUUCUCCUUUUAUUACCGCUCGAUUCUCAGUGAAGAGGUGCUCAACACUGCAUCCCGCGGACGUUACAACAUGCACGGCUCUCUCCUGCCCAAAUAUCGCGGUCGCGUCCCCGUCAACUGGGCAGUUCUGCAUGGUGAGACCCAGUCGGGAGCAACUCUCCAUGAGAUGGUCCAGAAACCCGAUGCUGGAGCCAUUGUGGGCCAGAUGGCAGUGCCAAUUCUUCCAAAUGACACAGCCGCCGAUGUCUUCUCCAAAGUGCUCGUCGCCGCCGAAAUUGUCUUGGAAGAGACUUUGCCUGCGAUAGUCGAUGGGACUGUAGCACGGCAGACAAUGGAUAUUACCCAGGGCUCUUACUUUGGGGGUCGCAAGCCCCAGGAUGGUGUGAUUGAUUGGAAAACGCUGGGUGCGAGGCAGAUUCACAACCUCGUGCGAGCGGUUUCACAUCCUUACCCGGGGGCUUUCACUGAUACCUCGAAAGGGAGGCUGGUUAUCUGGCGUACAAUACUUGCUGAAGAUAGCAAAGAAAGUCACAUAUUUCCUGCAGAGCCCUGUCUUUGGCGAGAAGACAGCCAGGUGUUUGCGACUGCCUGUGAUGGAGGGAUCUUGCGCAUCAUUUCGGCAGAAUUGGGGGGACGUAUAUUGGACCCUGCAGAUUUGCCGGAUAUUGUUUAAUUCCUUAUUCCAAAUUUGCUAGCCAAAUCCGUUCAGCCUACGCAUUUGACAAUUGAAGUGAAUGGGAGAUGCAUUUAAUCCCACUGGAUCUAACACGGCGGACGAGAUGUCCCACAUCCAGAUGUCGGUCUGGCUGCCAGAAUGCAAUACUUCACAUAGUAGAUUCAUGAGCAAAAUUUGAAUAUAGUGAUCGGUAGUGCACACUCAUUAUCAUAUCUAAUGUAAACAAUGGUUCUAAUAGCAUAAAUAGGGAGAGCUAUCCAUGUCUUAU